GAGCCCUCAAGCUCAGCACCACCAUUCCUCCUGUUCGUCCGUGGCGACGCCUCCGGCCUUGCUGUCGCCUCGGAUCGCCGUGUCGCCGCCGAGCGAUCAGCCACCGGCAAGCGCCAGUGCCGCCUUAGCCUUCCAAUUCCCGCUGACGGUCGAAGACGGCGGAGGGACGAACGGCAACCACCGCACACCCGCUGGCGGUUGGCGGCGGAGGUUGUCGCGGAAUAGACCGCGGAGUUCGUCGGUUAGCCGGUCUACGGAUGCUUUAGUGCAGGCUAGCGCCCUGGCUCUGACCCAACCACUAAGCAUCGAUAUCCAAUUAUCCGGACCUCCACCCGCUCGGGCGUCUUCGGCCUCCGACCUGCCAUGUUCGGCGUCCCUGCUCUCGCCGCCGCCGAUGACACACGACCGUGGCGGGCAGAGGCGAUCCACCGCCGUCUGCACUGCGGACACCAAAGGGUUCCGCUCGGCCUGCGACCUGCGAUAUACGGGCGAUGGGUCGCCGACGACGGCCACUUCGCCCAGUGGGAGGAACGGGAAGAAAGGGCGAGGUCUUACGGUGGAUCUUAACAAAUCUGAUAAUGACGUCACGAGAGCUGCCUCUAUGUUAUAUUCAGAAGAUUCGACAGCAACAGUAACAUCUUCAUCUAAUGAUUCUUCGGCAAGGCAGAGCAGUUUGGAAUCCAAUGGUUCUCCUGGCCCCUGGCCUCCAUCGAAUCCUAGUCAGCCUCCACCAUCUCCUGGACCUCGUUAUGCCCUGCUGCGUGAGGCAGAUGUGCAGGUCUGCUGCCUCAAUCAUGCUAGAACUGUAGUUUCUAAGGUUUUAUCUUCUAGAUUUUUAAGGCGAUGGGAAACACUCAGGCUGAGGUUGAACGAUGCUGAUAUUGAAGCCGAAGAGGGUUCUGGGUUAUUGCAAAAACCUCUGACUUAUGCAUCGAUGCAAGAUGUGUACACAGUCAACAGAUGGGAUGCAACAGGACGAUAUUGUUUGCGGAUUGUAGUUCCCGAAGGAUCAGUAUUAUUACAAGCAGCUAGUAGCUAUGUUCGCGAUCAAUGGUUUCACUCGAUUGUUUGGAAGAAAAACCUGCACAAAUACAAAAGCGUGUUAUCACAAUCCCGUUCACCUGAGAUCAUACUAAAAGAAUUAAAGUGUCUGGUGGAUUUCGCUGCUACCACACCGUUACAAGAUGACUGCAUUAUGAAUGAACCGAUUGCGAUAGUUUCGGAACUUUUGGACCAGCCUGAUCACAUAUGCAGCCGUGCUUCGUUAUUGCGAACAUCCGCACCUUUAUUAGAAGACGCUCCGGCGAGUGCGCCAUUGUGCCGACAUGUCGCCAAGUAUUGUCUUCACCCAUACGAUGAAAUCAGUUCCGAUAGCGAAUCAAGUAACGAUUCUCUAUCAUUUUCCGCUGUGGAUCGAUUGGUGAGGAGGAUACUGAAACACGGAGCUGAUUAUUCGACGUCACCGCAUGCGAGAGAUUUAGUUCGAGAUUAUCUUGCAGCCAUAGGAGGAGGUGUUGGAGGUCGGGAACGAUUAGCUGCUUUUGUUGAAAGUGUUCACGGGCCAGGAAGUGCUUGUCCUCAUCCAAGAGUUCUGCCAAAUCUGGCCUCCGUCUGUUUUGCAGGAAUAACGGCACGUUUAGAAGAACUCGACCACGAACCAGUAAAAAUCAACGGUCAUAAAAUUGAAAACUCGCCAGCAACUGAUUUCUCCGGAGAUUCUGUAAGCGAAAAAUCAUGUGAUACGGUAGACAACUUGAACAAAAUCAACAAAGCAGAACCCUUGAUCCUAAUACCUACAUCCGAUGUCAACCUAAUUGAUUUAGAAGAACAGCAAAACAUUAAAAACGAAGCAUUAAAUAAUCUUAAUUCCAAAAGUGAUGCAGAAGAUCAAAAAAAGACUGAUGCAGAAAUCGUAGACGUAGAGCAAGAUUCUUGUAAAGAGAACGAGAGCAAUUCUUCACAAUUGAACGCGGAAGAUGCAGAUGAAUCGAAAACAUUGCCUAAAAGUGAUUUAGAAGUAGACGAAGAUAAUUCUCACAGUCCGACCAAAGAUACAAAACCAAGCACAAUUUUAGAACAUAUAGUAUUAAAUAAUAAAGCACUUAUUGAUAAUACCACAAAAGUAUUAAAUGAAACCAAGCAAGUCUUAAUGCAGGGUCUUAGAACGCAAAGAUUAAUGGAUCAAUCGAGGGAGCAUUUAAUUGGUAAUGUAGAUGAAGAAGAAGAUGUUAGUACGGAAGAUACGGGGAGUUAUAGAACUUGUUUAGAAAUCGAAUAUGGACCAGAUUGUGAGGAAAUAUCACUUCUCGAAAGCAAUAUGGAAGUUAUCGACGCACAAAUCCAAAUAUUUGCCACAGUUUUAGAACUCAUAUCUAGCCAUAGUUCCUGGUUGCCCUACCUUGCCUCUCUGUUGCAACCACUGCCAUUCCCUGCCAAGGCGAUGACUUCGCCUGGUUUCCUUCGAGCCAUGGCUCCGACGGUGCGUCGUUUGGCAACCAGCAGGCAAUGUGAAGUUCAUCGAACGCUAAUGCCUGUCAGACCCACCAAGAAAGGCUGGUUAGAUCUCUACUGUCCAGUGACGGGAGAAUAUAACAUGUGUCCGGACGGCGGAAAAGUCUGGUGUCUAAUGCUUUCUACAUUGCUUGGCUGCUGCGGCAGGCGCAAGCGUUUCUUGCUGCAGCAUCUGAUACCUAAACGUUUAGAAGAUUGCUUCCGACUAGCUAGUCAGCCAUGGGCCGGAUCCGUGCGUCUAGUUUUAGCUUUGGUGAUUGAAUGGGACCUUUUGGGCCAACGGUGGCCUGAAGAAGAUGGAAAAGAAGAGUUUCAGACAAAUCAGAAAUUGAACAAUGAUAAUGAGGAGGACGUUAUGCAUCGAGUUGUUGCCGCUUUGAUGAGCACUCAGCGAGGGAAAGAAGUCUAUACUGAUGCUUGUGAAAGGAGGGCGCUUUUGGAAAAAAUGCGCCGUACUGGAGGACCACGCCGAUUAGCAUUGCCGCCGCGCGCUACCGAUAAAGAUUUAGAAGCUCUUUUAUCAGAUGGAAAUUUUGGAGAUUUACGAAGUCUGUGUUUGGCGUUCACUAGAGUUACUGGAGCCUGCGCUGAACAAAUAAUUAAGUUGCCUGCCUUACGACAAUUGAAUUUAUGGUCGACGCAAUUUGAUGAUGCCGGCUUGCAGAUACUCGCGGAAAAUUUGCCGCAAUUAAGACAGCUCAAUCUUUGCGAGACUCGCGUAACUGACGCUGGAAUCGCUUCUUUGGCUUCAUUAAAACACUUAAGAACAUUGAAUCUGAAUAGUACUUCAUUGACUGCCACUACAUUACAAGAGUUAAGAAAUAAACUUCCUGAAUUACAAGACUGUGAUGUGCGUUAUACCGAAGCUUGGUGAUAAUAUAAUUCAUUCAGAAUAGACUACAUCCGUUGCAUUGGAUCAUUAUCUUAUUAUAUUUAAUAAAAAAAUAUUGUAAGUUACAAUUAUAAUAUAGUACAUUUUAGUAUAUGGUAUAUCUCCAUUCAGCUUAUAUUUUGAAAACUAAUUCUCGGGAUCAUUGAAACUUUACUUGCAUUUUGUAAAGAAAUUAUUGAAAAAAAAAUUCGUGAACGCAGGAAAAAUAAUACUUGGUUUUAAGGCACUUGCAUUAAAAAUAAUGAAUUAUCAACUGAAUAUUAUUGACGAGGUUUGAAAACACUUAUACUUUAAACUGUUUGAUAAAGCUAAUGAAAUGAAAAUGGGUCCAGAUUUUGAUCAAAACUUUCGAAUAAUAUGGUUUGAACCAAAAGGCGCGGUAUAGCCCUUGAAAAUUUGGCUUAUUUUGAACAGUUUAAAAUAUUAUAAGCUUAUGAGCAGCAGCGGUUCAAUUAUAAAAAAUAAAAUAAAAAUUAUUCAAAGGUUUGAAAAAUCGGAAUUUUCCAUAUCAAUAUGUCUCGGUAGCUCCUUGGGUUAAGCGAGAUACUACUCCUUUUCAUAUAAUUUUUCAUUAUAUAUAUUUGAAAAUUUUCUACUUAAAAUUAAUUUAUGCAAGUGCCUCAUUUUUCUUUCUUGUGCUUGCGAUUCUCGACCAAAUUAUUGCACCGUUUUUGCUAUAAAUUUCAAAUAUUU